AUGUGGGUUUUUGUUCAGAAAGCUUCCAAUUCUAAAAUCUUGAAACUGUAUCCCCUACUUCUGAACAGAUCAAGUACAUGUAGGAUUAAUUAUUUGGGGGGUUUAGCAUCUUCUCUUGUAAGAAGUAGAACUUUUAUUUUUUCAGAUUCAAAACUUUCAGGCUGUUGCAUGCAUGCAAAACCAAUAUCAACUUAUAUAGAUAAAAGUCUUUCAAAAGAAAACGUACUUGUGAAUAUACUCAAGAAAAGUAGAUUUAUUCAGGAAAAGGAUUCAAAAAACAUCGAAAUUCUGACUAAAUACUUAUGGCCAAAAAAUAAGGAAUAUAGAAGAAGAAUCAUUUUUUCUUUAAUAAGCCUAGGCGUUGCCAAGCUUGCUACAAUUCAGGUCCCUCUAUUGCUUUCAAGAUUAAUUGAUACUGUGGGAGUUAUUAGUUCUUCAGACCUAUCCAAAUCUCUCACUAGCAAGCUCAACUGCCUGCUCUUAAUUAGUUCUUAUGGUAUCGCAAGAAUUUCCUCUUCAGGAUUUAAUGAGCUUAGAAAUGCCCUCUUUUCUGAAGUUAGUCAAUCUGCAUGCAGAGAUUUAUCCUUAAACGCUUUUCACCAUUUCCAUAAUGUUAGUAAUUUGAGUUUCAUUCAAAGGCACAGAUCCGGAGAACUUUUAACCAUAAUUACCAGAGGAUUUAAGUCUAUAUCAAAAUUACUUAAUAUUAUGAUUUUUCAGAUAAUACCCACUACUGCUGAGUUUCUGAUGGUUUUAGGGAUCCUUCUUCAUAAAGUUGGUUCAGAGGUGGCAUUGAUCACCUUAGCUACAAUGAUAGCUUAUAUGGAUUUUACAAGAAGAGUUACUCACAAGAGAACUAUUUACAGGAAGAAUAUGAACACUUCAGAACAAAAAUCUAAUGGUCUUUUAAGUGACUCAUUAAUUAAUGCAGAAACUCUAAAGUAUCUUAACGGCGAAAAGCAUAUUUAUGAUCUCUACUCAAAUUACCAGGAAAUAUAUAAGAACUCGAAUGUUAAAGUUCAAACUUCCUUGGCGUAUUUGAAUUUUGGCCAGAAUUUCAUAUUUACAGGAGGGCUUUUAUCUGCAAUAUUACUAACCACUAAUAAAGUUUUAGCAGGAAAAUUACCAAUUGGCUCUAUAGUAUUGGUAACUUCCCUUUUAUUCCAACUCUCCAUUCCUUUAAAUUUUAUUGGUAUGAUUUACAGAGAGACUAAAUUAACUUUGAUUGACUUAAGCAAACUAAAUGAAUAUUUGGCCAUCAAUCCAAAAAGAACCAAAAAUUCUGUAGAAAAACAAACCAAAAAUUUGGAUUCAGAUAUAAAAACUUUAGAUUUAUACAAAGAGUUAGUCCGCAAAGAAACUGAUUUAAGUUCUGAGAAGAAUUCUAUACAAUUAGAAAAUGUUUCUUUUGGUUUCCCAUCCACUGUUGGAAAUGAACAUACAUAUUUGGAAGAAUCAGAUACCUCUGAUGAUUUAGUUUUGAACGAUCUUUCUCUUGAAAUUCCACUAGGAAAGAGAAUGGGGCUUGUUGGAUCCUCUGGCAGUGGGAAAACAACUUUAGCAAAGCUAAUAUAUAGAAUAUUUGAGCCGAACUCUGGAAAAAUUCGAAUCUUUGGAAAAGAAAUUGAAGAAUUAGAAAUCAAAGAGUAUAGAAAUUGUUUUUCAGUACUUCCUCAGGACGUUUUGCUUCUAAAUAUGAGCAUUAUUGACAAUUUAAAGAUAGCAAAUUCUAAUACGACCUUGGAUGAGAUUAUAUCAGCUUGCAAACUUGCUGGUGUUCAUGAAAACAUUUUGAAGAUGAAUAGAGGAUAUGAAACUGUAGUAGGUGAAAGAGGCUGUAGCUUAUCAGGAGGUGAAAAACAAAGGUUAGGUUUUGCUAGGAUGCUUAUUAAAAAGUCGCCUAUUUGGAUUUUAGAUGAACCCACAAGUGCUCUGGAUCUAACAAAUCACAACUUUAUCAUAAAGAUGCUCUCAUUUUUGCACGGCCACUCGGUUUCAAGUACUAAUUCUUCAGAUAUCACUGAUAAAGACAAUACAAGAUUCAAGUACGAAGAUAUAUUUAACCUGAUACCUUACCUUAAAAAUAAAAAGGAAGUUGAAAGUGUUACAAAGCUAAUAGAAGAGAUUGUAAAACUUCCGAUAACUAUCAUAUUAAUAGCUCACAGACUCUCAAGCGUUCGAAACUUUGAUUCAAUAGCUUACUUGGAGGAAGGAACUGUCAAAGAAGUUGGAAAUCAUGAUCAACUAAUUGAAAACAAGAUGCAAUAUUACCAACUUUGGAACAAACAAUACAUCGGCAGUAUAUUAAAGUAG